AUGAAAAUGGCAGGAUUAGAGUCAAUGGUUGUAGAGGAGGUUAGACCGGCAGAGAAGCCAGUUGACAGAGAGAAGACAUGUCCAUUAUUGCUACGCGUGUUUUGCUCUACUGGAAGACAUAACUCGCCCGGUGAUUACGCUCGAGGUAAUGUUCCCCAAAACGAGUUACAAAUUUACACAUGGAUGGACGCAACUUUACGUGAACUUACUGGAUUAGUCAAAGAAGUGAAUCCUGAAACAAGGCGUAAGGGAACGUACUUCGAUUUUGCAAUAGUAUACCCAGAUAUGCGAUCACCUACAUAUAGAAUGAGAGAAAUUGGUGUAACAUGUUCUGGUCAACGUGGUGGUGAUGACAAUAAGACACUAUCUCAAGUUAAAUUUCAAAUCGGAAAUUAUUUAGAUAUAUCAAUAACUCCCCCAAACAGAAUGCCACCUCCGAUGCGAAGACCACAGCCUUAUGUUAAUAAUCGUCCCUAUUAG